ACCGCCCUCGUGCUCCUUUGCCCUUCAAGCCUCCGCAACCCUCUCCGCUCCUGCCCAAGGAUCUCCCCUUCUCUUCCUCCGAACGGUACCACAUCGACUUUCGCGUUCAUUACCUGCAAGAGGAGCUAGCCGUUCAAGAGUUCGAACACAAGACAAACUCCCUGAGCUUCAAGACCAACUUGCAGAUUUGUCUUUAUGAGAACAUUGUAGAGCCACUGCGUGGUUCUGCUGCUCUCCUCUCACCAUGAAAGUUUCCAUCCCAAGCUCUCGCUCAAUCGUCCUCGAUACCGAGAGACAACCCUCCUGGAGUCCAGAUGAGCCAACAGCACAUCCCGCCGUUUCAUCUCUUGAGGAAGAGAUCCCAUUCAAACUGUCAAGGUCCAAAUGGGAGAGUCUAUCGUCCACAAAGCGCUCAUCUUUGCGCGCUCUCGCGCAUUCAAUCAGGCUGGUGGAGCUGCGCAUUGCAGUCAAGGGGGAGAAGAGCUCGGCUGAACUGCCUGAGAUCGAGUGGGACACUCAACAGAAAUCUAUCUUAAAACAUGACGCGAAUCUCGGUCGAGUGCAGCAAGAAAAUCUGUACUGGACGACAAUGUAAAUGCAAUCAUAUUUGCUCUGUUGCAAAGACUCCAUUCAAGGUUCUCAGUUUAGCUGAAUAUGAUAGAGGUUUUUGUUCGGCACGAUAGAGAUAUUGUUUCUUUAAUUUUUUAAACCAUG